AUGGGCACCCUCAGUACAUCCGCCAUCAUCGUCAUCGUCAUCGUCGCCUGCCUCGCGCUCGUCUCGCUGGGCGCCGCCCUCUUCAAGACCUACGGCGGGCCCGAGAAGGAGCGGCCCUACAACUUCUCCCGCGAGCAGGAAUCCUACAUGCGCUCCGUGCGCUUAAAGAAUCUGGGCUUCUUCCAGCGCGAGUCGAUGAUGGGGUACGGCGGUGGUGGUGGUGGGAAGGGCCCUGCGGCGCCGGUCGUCCGGGAUGUGGAGUCGGGAUAUUCGGAGAAUGAGUCGUCGCAUUACUAG